UCUGCACAAUUUUAGUCAUUGGUAUUUGAGACAGAAUAGAAAGAUUUUAUGCAUCAAUAACAAAACAUUGUGUAAUCUGAAUGCGGCAUGACGCUUCUGCUUCCUAAACAAAUAACUUUUAAAGACUUGUAAUGUAGAUUUGUUUUGGUUUGCGGAUAUCUUAUGCUUGGUGUAAGGUUGACUCGUCAUUGUUUCGGUGGCUUCAGGGAAGUUUAAAGUGCUCUAUUUCCAUGCCGUAUUUACCGUAAGAAAACGUGUGGCCAGGCGUAGAGGCCCGAUCCUCUUAUGAAUGACAGUCUGAAUGGCCUGUACAAUGUCUCAAGCCCGCCCAUAUCAGACCGCUUAACCAAUUAGCUUUAUUCAAGUCACUGACAAACUACAGUGAAAUAUAUUCAAGACUCCUUAUAGAAUAUCGGAAGAUAAACCGUCAGAAACGAAUCCAUAAAAGGCAGCUUUUGAAUUGUAUAAAAUCAUAUGCAUCUUAUUUAAGCCUUACUUUGGAGUGGAUGCUGGGUGAAUGCUAACGUGCAAGCAGCGCUGCCAAAUAAUGGAGAGAGAAAAACAUGGCAAUUUACAGGAUUAGGCUAUAUUUCAACAUUUUAUCGGCAACUAGCCUUCUAUGGUUAUGUUACAUAGGUAAUGUAAAGCCAUGAACUAUAGUAGGCCUAUAGUUGAAGCCAAGGUCUAAGUUUACAAUUAUUUUCACCCUUAUCGAGUCUGUGAUAAACAACUGACGUGUAUUGCGCGUCAUUGAGGUCGCUUCCGUGCGUUUAGAGCCACACUCCACCAGAAAGAAUUAUGCCGUAUUCGUUCAUAAAUGCUUCGUCAGAGUAUGUGUUUGUUGAACCUACAUAACGUUAAUUCAUGUUAUCCAUGUAUGUUACAUAAGCAACUGGGCUGCAUAACUAGCUUAAUCUAAUUUCAGAGACCAUUUGCAUUGCUAUUGUCUCCCAUUGUUUCAAUAUGUGGAAUGUUCGCCUGACCAGAAAACACGUGGGUUGCCAAGUAGUGUGAAGAUAUCCGGCUACUAUUGUUGCAUUUAAAUGGAAUAUGCUCAAAGUCUCUACACAAAGCAGGAGGUGGAUGUGGGCAUGAUGAGCAAGACACCCCCUAACAGAAGAGGGAUAACCUUUGAGGUGGGAGCGACGCUAGAGGCCAGAGACACCCUCAAAAACUGGUAUCCGGCCAACAUAGAGAAGAUUGACUAUAGCGAUGAGAAGAUCCUGAUCCACUACCGUCAGUGGAGCCACCGCUAUGAUGAGUGGUUUGACUGGACCAGCCCCUACCUGAGACCUGUAGAGAGGAUCCAGCUGAGACGACAGGGACUGCUGGACGACGAUCCUAUCCCUGGAUUUCAUGUGAAUGACAAGGUCCUCGCCAGUUGGUCCGAUUGCCGCUUCUACCCUGCCAAGGUCUUAGUAGUCAAUAAAGAUGCAUCUUACACCGUGAAGUUUUAUGAUGGAGUCGUCCAGACAGUGAAGGGGAUCCACGUGAAGCCUUUUGUCAGAGAGAGAGGAGGAGGGAAGACUCGGUCUGCUGAGAGGAAUGGUGUCAGGAAGCACCAGAAUGGCAGAGAACGGAGGCCUCAGGAAAACAUCCCCAAGAAUAAAAGGGCCAGACGCAGUACCUCUGACCUGGAGGGAGACAGUGAGACUGAGGAUAAUAAUGAGGUUGAUGAAUGGGACAAGAGGGAGGGACAGGAGAAGACCAAGAGGAAGGACGGUGAGGUGGACGUCAUCAAAGAGAGUCCACCCGCGAUUAAGCAGGAGGAGCAUACAGAGCAGCAUGCAGGACAGAACGACCUCCGGGAUCACAUGACAGCCACUGUGGGCCCGAACAGAGUGAAGGUGGAAGAAGACCGAGGACAGAAGGUGGAAGAAGACCGAGGACAGAAGGUGGAAGAAGACCGAGGACAGAGUGUGGAGAGGUCUACUCAUCAUUUAAAUGGAGGGAUAAAAAAAGAGGUGGAAAUGGAAACUGAGUACACAGUCCUGAGCUCACCAAAUGAACCUAAGCCAUCGACUGAGUCACCCAAUCAGAUGUCAACACUGACAGGGCCAGUGUCUAUCCCAUUACCCUCAGCUUUGUCCACCAAUGACGGAGUGGAGCAGAAGGCAGCGAGCCAACCGGAGAGCUCAAAAUCUGCACCACUGGACCUCCCAGUGAAACCAAUAAGGAAGCAGGGUUUUCACAACCCCAACAGAUUCAGCAGAGAGCCAUUGUACAGAGUGAUCAAAAACCAGCCUCCCCCAGUCCUGUCCAUCAACUUGGACCACAACCCGUUUAAAUGCAGCGCUGUGGGUUGCACCAAGUCGUUUCGCAAGGCCAAGCUGCUUCACUACCACAUGAAGUACUACCACGGAGAGGACCAGCAGCAAGAGGAUGACCUCAGCCCCACCAGGAGCGUCCAGACCCAGGCCUCAGAGAAGCACCCCUUCCCUACCACUCUGGAGAGUCCUAAGAGGAGACGCACCAUCUCUGCCUCAAUGCACUCCACUGUGCACAGUCCUAUCAGAACUCCCCCGUCUCCACGUAGUGAGGCAAAGACAAUGAGCAGACGCAGGUCAGUGCCACCUGCUGUCAGCACAGAGCCAACGCAGAGCCAGCAGCAGAGGGCGCUGCUGAGGGAGAAGAGCAAAGAGAACCAGCUGGACAGGAAUGGCCAGAGACCGGUUGUGACAGAGACGUUUAUGAGCAGUGGCAUGGACUUAGGAUUGGUGAAAGAACGAGACCGGCUGAAGGAUAAGAAACAAACGGACUUCCUUCGCGUUAAACUGAAGAAAAAGAAGAAGAAAAAGAAGGCCAAUUCUGAGUACACAGGUAGUGAGGAGAAUAUUGACAUCUCAAUAUUCGAUCUUCAGUCCAAAUUGAAUUUGCCACUCAAAUUCCCCCUCUCACACAAUCACAAGCCUGAGUUAUACCACUGCAGGCCCGGAUACAACCAGUCAGAGCAGAUACACGUGGAUGAUGAAGAUAGCAUCAGUGAUUGGUCAACUGAUAGCUGUGGUUGGAGUGAUGAUGGGCAGGGGGCGGAGCUGGACGUCACUACUCCACCCCUGAAUCUGGGCUCUGUUGCCUUGGAGACGGGCGCUCAGGAGAUUGUGCGUUGUGUCUGUGAGGUGGAAGAGGAAAACGAUUUCAUGAUACAGUGUGAGGAGUGUCUGUGCUGGCAGCAUGGCACCUGCAUGGGCCUCCUGGAGGAGAACGUCCCUGACAAAUACGCUUGCUACGUCUGCCGAGACCCACCAGGUGAGAGCCAGGAACAUACAACUGGGAUUGCUAGUAAAUCCAUCGCAGGUUUCUCCACAGGUCAGCGGCAGAGCCUGCGGUACUGGUAUGACCGUGAUUGGCUGAGCAGGGGUCACAUGUACGGUCUGUCCUUCCUGGAUGAAAACUACUCCCACCAGAAUGCAAAGAAGAUUGCAGCAACACACCAGCUACUAGGAGACGUCCACCGUGUGGUGGAGGUACUCAAUGGCCUGCAGCUCAAGAUGAGCAUCCUACAUACCCAAACCCACCCUGACUUGCGGCUGUGGUGCCAGCCCUGGAAGCGGGCAGAGAGGCCCUGGAGGAGAGACGGCUCGGGGACGGGCACUGACGCAGCACCGUCUCCAGCGCCAACAGACGAGGGCUCAGAGAGGGACCACAAGAGUCUUGCGCAUGGGGGAGCAGAAGCUCUGAUGUCAGCCGCCAUGGAGAAGCUCAGUCGAGCCUCCUCUUCCGCCUUCUCGCCAUACCAGUCAUUCCAGGACUCGUACAUUAUGAGUGAGCACUGCUACCAGAAGCCGCGGGCGUACUACCCUGCGGUGGAGCAGAGGCUGGUUGUGGAGACCACACGGAGGGGCUCUGAGCUGGAGGACAGCCUGAGGAGUACUGAGGACCUCCUGGAGAGAGAGCAGCGCUAUGGAGGCAUGCUAGAGACAGCCAGGCCCAAAGCCCACACACACCUGAACACUCACACCAAGGGUUCAGAUGUUGGUCGCUGGGGCCAGGCCGAGGUGAAGAUGGAGGGAGGGGACGGAGACGGCAGUAGCCAGCAGCACCAGUGGCAGAUCAACCUGCUGGAUCACAUAGAUGCCGUACAGGAAGAGGUCACUCACAGGAUGGACUUCAUUGAAAGGGAGCUGGAUGUGUUGGAGAGUUGGCUGGACUACACAGGGGAGCUGGAGCCCCCAGAGCCUCUGGCCCGCCUGCCUCAGCUUAAACACAGCAUGAAGCUGCUGCUAACGGAGCUGGCUAAGGUGCAGCAGAUUGCCCUGUGCUGCUCCACAUGAGGGUGCCAGUGAGCAGUGUGACAUCCAUAUUCACAGACCAACACAGCACUCCCAAGAGACAAUGCAGUGGAGAGCAGCCACUCACAGGUCUAUCUAUGGCAUAUGGGGGUUGGACUGAGGAGAAAUGACCAGAUAAUUAAAUGCAAAUGCACUUUCAGUAUACUGCAGACUAGUGGGAGCAUUUCAUGGCAUGGGGUAAAAUGCUUGAGGAUGACAGUUGGUGUUCCUCUGUAAGGCCUCUAGUCUGUACAGGGAAAAGCCCACAUAAUGGAAAUGUGCUGUAUCGUGGUCAUUGCGGUAGGUAAUGGGAUGGAGUCAAUACAAGAGAGAACAAACGGGGACAGUUUAUGAUCGGAUGGGUUUUGUUGGUGCAAACCUGCAUCAUAUUAAUGCCUUGGUCUGAGGUUUUGUUUGAAGCUUGCUGUCAUGCACUCCACAAAUGGAUGACCUGUACUAUGUAUUCAAAGACCUCACCUGAACUUCUGAUAGACACACUGUCAAUAUUCAUAAUGACAGCUUUUGGAAACACUGUCCUUGGAGCCAUAUUUUGCAACUCUUUUUCCUGUCUGAAUAUUGUAAAGUACUUAGUCAAUGAUAAUCUCGCAUAAUUAUUAAGCUUAUGUUUGCUGAUCAUGUGGAUUGUUUUACAGAGCACAACCUUAAUAAGGUUAUAAAUAGGGUGUGACAAUACAAACUAUAUUCUUAUAAUGGCACUGUAUAGAUAAGAUUAAUCUUUCAGAUUUUACGUAGUGAAUUUUUACUUGGUCUGUAUUAUAGACACUGGAGGGACAGUACACAGUUUGAUGACGAGUGACGUUUCUGGAUUUUUGUUUUCAUAUAGUUUAAAUGUGGCUUCUUUCCAAAGCUAAUGUCACUUGUAUUUUGUUAGAUUCCGUGCAUCUUCUCUUCUAUUCACUCUCGUCUCGCGAGUUCCUGCCCUACUACUUUGCAGAUGCAUACCAGAUCUUAGAAUGCCUGCAAUAGGUGUAACAUUUUAGCUAACCACCUCGUAUGAUAUAGCAAUCUGGUGCCCGACUGCAGUCUGACGUGGCACACAGCCAUUGGUAGAUGCAAUGUAACGCCUGCCCUGCACAUCUAGUCGUGCAGGAACUCGACCUUUAACUUUUCUUCACUGUAGCCUUUGACUUUUGGCUUACUGCAAAUGUUUGUGGAGAUGUCUGCUACAACCUCAGCAUUUUGUGUUCGGUUCUCAGUGGAAGACUUGUAACAGAUCCACGAUUUUCCUUUUCUUGUAUUGUUUUAUCUGUACUGUUUAUUUGCAAUAUUUUGUAUUUCUUGUGUAAAUACAUCUGAAAGUUUCCUGGGA